GGUAUUUUCUUCAGACUUUUACAAGUUUUUGCUUAACAAUCAACCUAUAUGUCCUUAUAUUAAUUCCCUGCGAAUAUUCUCAUUUUAUUUGGAAGAUUCUAGGUCACAGCAGCACCAUCAUGGGAUCCAUGGAAGUGUACAACACAUCCUCUACAGACUUCACCUUGAUGGGACUGUUCAACAAGAAGGACAUCUCAGGCCUUCUCUUUGCCAUUGUCUCUAUCAUCUUUUUCACUGCAUUGAUGGCCAAUGGGAUUAUGAUCUUCCUGAUCCACACUGAUUCACGACUGCACACUCCUAUGUACUUCCUUCUCAGCCAUCUCUCCUUCAUUGACAUGAUGUAUAUCUCCACGAUUGUGCCCAAGAUGCUGGUUGAUUAUCUGCUGGGUCAAAGAACCAUAUCCUUUAUGGGGUGCACAGCUCAGCACUUCCUCUACCUCACCCUUGUGGGAGCUGAGUUCUUCCUACUGGGCCUCAUGGCCUACGACCGCUAUGUGGCCAUCUGUAACCCCCUUCGCUACCCUGUCCUUAUGAGUCGCCAGGUCUGUUGGAUGAUCAUAGCAGGUUCCUGGUUUGGAGGCUUUUUGGAUGGCUUCCUUCUAACUCCCAUAACCAUGACCUUUCCUUUCUGCAACUCCCGGGAAAUUAACCAUUUCUUUUGUGAGGCACCUGCAGUCUUGAGUUUGGCAUGUGCAGACACAGCCCUCUAUGAAACAGUAAUGUAUGUGUGCUGUGUCCUGAUGUUGCUGAUUCCUUUCUCUGUGGUGAUUGCUUCUUAUGCCCAAAUCCUGACCACAGUCCACCACAUGAGUUCAGUUGAGGGAAGAAAGAAGGCAUUUGCCACCUGUUCAUCUCACAUGACAGUAGUGACCUUGUUCUAUGGGGCUGCCAUGUACACCUACAUGCUGCCACACUCUUACCAUAACCCAGCGCAGGAUACAGUCUUCUCUGUGUUCUACACAAUCCUUACACCAAUGCUGAAUCCACUCAUCUACAGUCUGAGGAACAAGGAUGUGACUGGAGCUCUGAAGAGGGCAAUGGGCAGGUUCAAAUGUACACAAAAAGUGUCAGGAGAUGUGUUUUGA